UUGUUGUUCAAGUAUUAUACUUCAUAUUUCCAUAAUUUCAAGUAGGGUUAUGGUUUCAAUUAGAAAAGACAAACAUGACAUCGCGAUUUAGCGGAGCAUUACAAUUAACCAAUUUGGAUGAUUUUAUCACUCCAUCUCAGGAAUGUAUUAAGCCAAUUGAAAUUCAAGUAUCAAAAAGAAAGACUGGAGCAAAAAUAAAAAUAGAGGAAGAUGGUACUCCUUCGGUGCUUAAUGAAAUUGGGCUAUCAGAAAAAUUACAAAAAGUUGAAAUCACACUUGCCGAUUGUUUAGCUUGUAGUGGUUGUAUUACAUCGGCAGAAAGUGUACUAGUUACGCAACAAAGUCAAGAAGAAUUACUACGAGUAUUUAGAGAAAAGGUGUCUCAGUGUCAGAGUGGGGAUGGUACAUGUUCUACAUACAUAGUGGUCAGCCUUUCCGUGCAAGCAGUCUUGUCCAUAGCAGAACGUUAUGAUUUGAAUCCAGAAGAAGCAUUGCGCAAACUUGCGGGUUAUUUUUAUCAAUUAGGAGCAGAUGCAGUUCUGGACAUGACUGUAGCUGAUGAUUUUGCUCUUCUGGAGUCUGCCAAAGAAUUCGUAGAACGUUACAAGACAGCUAAAAGUGGUGUAAAAACUCAACUACCAAUGUUAUCUUCUUCUUGUCCAGGUUGGGUAUGCUAUGCUGAAAAAACCCAUGGAAAUUUUAUACUUCCUUAUAUAAGUAUAACGAAAUCCCCUCAACAAAUUAUGGGAUCAUUGGUUAAAUACCAUUUAGCUGAAUCUAUGGGUCUUCCACCGGAGCAAGUGUAUCAUGUUACUUUAAUGCCUUGUUACGAUAAAAAAUUAGAGGCAUCCAGAGAUGAUUUUUACAACCAAGAAAGAAAUUCCAGAGACGUGGAUUGCGUAAUAACUCCAAUUGAACUGGAACAAAUGUUCAGAGAAUACAACAUGGUAUUAAACGAAGUAAACGAAAGAGAAAUUAAGAGACCUUUCGGACCGCAAAUUGAUAAUAUGAAAAGUGACCUUUAUGGUCAUAAUGGCUCAGGAUCUGGUGGUUAUGCGGAUUUUAUUCUCCGUUAUGCCGCGAAACAUUUAUUCGAAGAGACAAGUAUACACGUUGAAUUUAAAAGUCUCCGAAAUCCUGACUUUCAAGAAGCGUCGUUUCAGAAGGAUGGAGAAACGCUUUUAACAUUUGCUAUCGUUAACGGGUUCAGGAACAUACAAAAUCUUGUACAAAAAUUGAAACGAGGAAAAUGCCCAUAUGAUUACGUUGAAGUUAUGGCGUGUCCCUGUGGAUGUCUUAAUGGAGGUGCACAAAUUAGACCUUUAAAUAAUAUUCAGCCACGCGAGUUAGCACUAAAAUUAGAAUCUACAUAUCGUGAACUUCCUCGGAAUGAUCCUGAUAAAAAUCAGGUUGUUAAGAAUUUGUAUAAAACUUGGCUUGGAGGAGAGUACACGGAUAAAGCUUUGGCGUACUUCCAUACACAGUACCAUGAAAUUAAAAAAAUGAAUACAGCUCUCGCAAUAAAGUGGUAAUUACAGUGGAUAUUCUUCAUUUUACCGUUAGGUUAUCACAUAACGCUCUAGUACUUACAAUAUUUUGU